AUGACUAUCAAACAAAAGGUUUUGUUCUUGGAAGCACCCAACAAAGAGGUGCUUCAACAUUUCGAGCAAUUAUUCGAAUGCAUUUACUACGAACUUUCAACCGUUGAGCAAUGCAUACACGACUUCCAACAUAGAUUCCAUGACAUUGAAGCAAUAUAUUGUGGAUGGCCCGGGUUUGCGCCUCUUGGUGGAUUCAAAGGUAAAUUGAUUGACUUUGCACCCAAGAAUUUGAAAAUUGUCACCACGUGCAGUAUUGGAUACGACCAUUUCGAUGUGGAGGCCAUGGCUGCCAAGGGGAUAGUUUUGACCAAUAGCCCGUCCACUAUGGCUUACGACGCGGUUGCCGAGUUGGUGCUUUACAACACCAUUGCCAGUUUUAGAAAUUUCAAGAUUUAUGAGCAAAAUUUUUCCAAAGACCGAUAUACCCAGACCGGAAUGUUGACAAAGUCUUUAGUGGCGGCCAAAUUUGAUCAAGAAAAGGGUGUUGCUGUGUCGACACCUCUAUUGGGUUCAUCGUAUGGGAAAUCUUGCUGUCAGAGAGCUAACCUGUCACCAAGGAAUCAUCAUGCUGUAAUUGUUGGAUUUGGUAACAUUGGCCAGUCAAUUGCUACUAGAUUACAUUCGGUGGGUAUGAUUAUCCACUAUGUGAAACGGAAAAGGUUGAGUGACGAAGAAGAGCAAAAAUUGGGGGUUCCUAUCACGUACCACAAAACACUCUCUGACACCACAGAGUUUGCCGAUUUGGUAGUAAUUGCCUGCCCGGGAACUCCAAUGACUCGACACAUGGUAGACAAGAAGCUAAUUGACAAGAUGGCUAAACAAUUCCGCAUUAUUAAUGUAGGAAGAGGGUCAGUCAUUGAUGAAGUUGCUUUAGUGGAUGGAUUAAAGAGCGGCAAAGUGCUAUUUGCUGGGUUGGAUGUGUUUGAAGAAGAGCCUCACGUGCACCCAGAGCUACUUGAUAGACAGGAUGUUGUAUUAACGCCUCAUAUUGGCUCUGCUUCCACCGAGAAUUACAAUUUUACUGCCAUUAAUUGUCUUGAGAAUAUUGAAGCUGUCUUGCUCAACUUUGAUAGGCCCCUCACCAGAGUCAUCUAA